AUGCGCCUUCGGUUAGUAGCCGUUAAUAUUUCCGGGAAUUCAAAUCCAAACAUUUCUCUCCUAACGCGCAGAGGGUUAUCUUCUUUUUCUUCUUCAAAUAUUAACCAUCUGAAACAAAUUCAUGCCAAGUUGAUUAGGAAUUCUGGAAUUCAAGAUGUUCUAACGGCUGGGAAGCUCAUUGCGGAUAUUGCUGUCUCAAAUCCUUCAAACCUCGAAUAUGCUCGAUCAGUUAUGGCCACUCUCGAGUAUCCUCCCAACACAUUCAUGUGGAAUUCCAUGAUCAGGGGCUAUGCGCAUAGUCCCAACCCUAUAGAAGCAAUAUUCUUGUACCGGAAGAUGCUUGAGCAAAGGCACUUGCCCAAUAACUACACCUUCCCCUUUGUUCUCAAGGCAUGUACGCAUCUGAUGGAUCUCAACCUAGGGCUAGGGGUUCAUGGGACCGUAAUCAAGUGUGGGUUUGAGGAUUCCGAUGCCUUUAUCCAAACUUCACUGGUUAACUUCUAUGCUUCCUGUGGGUCCAUAGAGACUGCACGACUGUUGUUUGAUCGAUGCCCUGAAAGAGAUGUUACUUCGUGGAAUGCUCUUAUAAAGGGGUAUGUUAGGAGUAACCGGUACUUGGAUGCAAUCCGUGUGUUUAGGCUGAUGCAAGAUAGGAGAGAUGUUAGGGCUGAUGAAAUUACGCUACUUGGUGUAGCUUUGGCGUGCACUCAACUGGGGGCAUUGGAUAUGGGUAGGUGGGUUCAUGCUUACAUUGACAAGAAUCAUGUCAAACUAAGUGCGAGCCUUGGGACGGCACUCAUUGAUAUGUAUGCAAAGUGUGGGAGCAUCGAUGUUGCAAUGCAUCUGUUUGAGCGGAUGCCUGAGAAGGAUGUGAGAACUUGGAGUGUGAUGAUUGGCGGGCUUGCCGUUCAUGGCCUUGCAUAUGAAGCUCUUGAGCUCUUCUCAGAAAUGCAAAGGUUCGGAAUUAAUCCGGAUUCAGUUACCUUCACUGGUGUCCUGUGCGCCUGCAGUCAUGCAGGCAUGGUGGAGGAGGGGUUGCAAAUUCUAGAUAAAAUGGGUAAGGUGUACAGUGUAGAACCUACAAUCGAGCAUUAUGGUUGCAUUGUGGAUCUUCUGGGUCGUUCUGGGUGUCUCGAGGAGGCAUUGGGUUUGAUUAGAAGAAUUCCAUUAAAACCAGAUGCUGUUUUGUGGGGUGCUCUUCUUGUUGCUUGCAGAUCUCACAACAAUGUGGCGAUGGGAGAAUUGGUAGCAAAAGAGAUGCUCAAGUUGGAUCCUCACCAUUGUGGUGCCCAUGUAUUCUUGUCCAAUGUAUAUGCCUCCACUGGCAGGUGGUCUGAAGUUGAACAGGUGAGGAGCUCGAUGAAAGAACAAGGGAUUAGGAAGCCACCAGGGUCUAGUUUGAUUGAGUUAAAUGGUGAUGUUCAUGAAUUUAUAGCUGGAGACCGUUCUCACCCACAGAUCAACCAAAUUCAUAUGAUGUUGGAUGAGAUUGCCACACUUCUCAGCCUCCAAGGACAUGUACCAGCUACUCGAGGAAUUGCCUUGGAUAUAGAUGAGGAGGAAAAAAAGCUGGCCCUAUCACAACAUAGUGAGAAAUUGGCAGUUGCUUUUGGAUUGAUCAACACAAAGCAAGGGGCUGUGCUUCACAUUGUUAAGAACCUAAGGGUUUGUGAAGAUUGUCAUUCUGCAAUGAAGUUUAUAUCAAAGGUUUUCCAUCGGCUUAUAAUCAUCAGAGAUCGCAGUCGUUUUCACCACUUUAAGGAUGGUUUUUGUUCUUGCAGAGACUACUGGUGA